GUCAGUGCUGGUGCAACCGCCCGCCACGAAGCCCGCACCCUCACUCAGCAGUCGCAAACAUCCGAUUAAACGAACGAACGAACUAACGAACUCCUGCUGGUCGUUAUUUUAUUUUUUUCCGAUUAUUUUUAUCGAAGCAAUGUGCUGAGGGAUGCGAGUCAGCCAAGUGCACGUGUUGCUGGCGGCGACGCUGCUGGUCGGCUGCGACGCGUUGGCCGACGCUGGCGGCAACGUCGCCGUCCAACUGCGACACGAGAAGUCGAAGAAGGUGCACCAGCAGCAGAGCAGGCACCACACCAAGCCGCGGGACGACGACUGGAGCACCACCCAGCAGCCGCCGUCGUCGUCGCCGUCGUCCAAGACGCGGCGCUCGCAGAACUCCAAGGUGAUGCCACAGUUGGUGGCUGAGGUGGUCAAGAGCUCGAGCGGCGCGCCAAACCUGGAGAACAAGAUGCUCGCCUACGAGAACGUCGACAACGAGAGCAACAGCACGGCGGCCGAGCCUAAGAGGACCACCGGCCGCAAGACCUUCGACAUCGUCACGCGUUUCCUCAGGAUUGUCGAAACGCAGCACUUGAUGGGCGACAACUGCACUGCCGGCACCGAUCUCAACCUAGGCGAAGGAGUAGUGGACAGGUACGCCCAGGAGCGGUUCAGGGUGGAAGCCGAGGUAGCCGUGAACCGGGCCAACACCCUGACCCGUCUGUGGAAGUACGCGAGCCGCGUGGUCAUGGAGAGCGAGUACCUGCUGCACGCGGGUGUCCGCGCGCUCGUCGACUUCGACGACGACAUCUUCGCGGCGGGCAACUGUUACGACCAGAACCAGUACAAGGACUAUUGGCUCUUCUGUCCGUACGCGUAUCGCCUGCCCGAGGGACCCAUCCUGGCCAAGGACCUGGCCGUCGAGUACAAGUACCUGAGCAACAGCUCCGAGUGGUUCUACAUCGCCCGCAAGAACGCAGAGAGAGUCAUCGUGGCCAACAAGCAGUUCAGCAGAGGCUACAACACGUACACGCACAACGAGUCCGCUCACUCGGCCAGAGAACCGGACGAGAUCCUGGCGGUCACAUACGAAGACGGCCACUGGAGCAAACCCUACUACGACUGCGGAGGGGCAAAUAUUUGGAUGCUCACCUACACGGUGCCCUUCUUCGGCUUCGACCCCAAGACGGGCAAGUACUACUUCAAAGGCACGAGCGGAAUAGAUAUCGAUCUGCGACGAGUGGACAUCGACCAGUGCCCUUUGCCGAUGGAGUCGUCCGAACUCAACAUUUUCGCCGCCACGGACAAGUGCAAAAUUGAAACGACAGAGUGCGUGCCCGUGCCCGGGCUCGGAUUUCGCCGUGGAAGCUACAAGUGCGUGUGCCGGCGCGGAUUCUAUUACCCUGACGUGCUUUCGCAAAACAGAUACUUUAACGGCACCGUCAUCGAGGAAGAGUACGAGAAAUAUAUGAUGGGUGAGGAGAGCAGGUACACGCAGGCCAGCACCUUCGAGUGUCUGAGGUGCGCCGACGGAUGUGACGCUUGCAUCGACGCCAGCCCCUGCGUAUUGGCGCUCAACUGGGCGAUGCGUAGCGCUGUGCUUGGACUCUCUUUGGUGCCCGUUCUCUGCUUGCCCGUCGUCGUUUGGUUCACGUGCAGAUACGGUCACGUCAAGGUUGUGCGGGCCGCAAGUCCGGUGCUGUUGCGAGUAAUUGCGUUGGGCGCGUUCCUCAUUUACUGCACCACGAUCGUCAUGUACCCGCAGCCCAACAUGAUCACCUGCUCUCUGCGCGUGUGGCUGCGAGAAAUUGGCUUUUCGCUCACUUAUGGUGCUCUCAUGCUCAAAACGUGGAGGAUUUCGGUCAUUUUCCGCGUGCGCUCGGCCAAGGCGGUGCGCAUCACGGACAUGGACCUGCUCAAGAGGCUGGGCUUCAUCGUGGGCGCGUUCGCGGCCCUGCUGCUGAUGCGGACGCUGGUGGCACCACCGCCGGUGGUGGUGGCCAAGUCGGCCGACGACCUGAAAGCCUUCCUUUGUCGCACCGAUUGGUGGGACCACAGCUUCUCGCUCAUGGAAGUGGUGCUGCUGGUGUGGGGCAUUUGGCUGUGCAUCGGUGUGCGGAAGGCGCCCUCGGAGUUCAACGAGUCCCGCUUCAUAUCCAUGGCCAUUUACAACGAAUUCCUCCUCUCCAUCUUCCUCAACAUCUCCAUGCUGUUCCUGCAGUCGCCGGCCAACCCUGACCUCCUCUACGUGAUAUUUUUCUCUCACACACAGCUGACGGUGACCAUGCUGCUCUGUUUCAUCUUCGGCAGCAAAGCUUACAUGGUGUACAAGGGCCAGGGCAAGUUGGAGGAGCACGGCGUUGGAUCGUACGGCACCAAACCGACGCAGACGGCCAUCAAGUUCCUGACCGCGGGCUCGCGACAUUCGCCGCGAGGCUCGCCCAACAGGACCAUGUACGGCGGGGCCACCCCUCAGGCCUACUCCAACACGCCAUCCAGCGCCGCUUUGCCGACGCUCGAGCUGAAUGGCGACCCAAAUUUGGAGUUGGACAGGCUGAGCUCGCAGCUGGAGUUGCUGCGGCAGCGGCACGUGAAGAUGGGCACGAACCGUCGCGUGUUGUGCAAAAUCGCGGCCAUCCAGCGCGUGAUCGGCGAGGUGGACGACGAGGAUGGCGACGGCGACGACAGCCCGAUCGAGUCGCGCGACGGCCACAGCUUGAACAAUGUGAUAGCCGCGGUGACGGACAAGAUCGUGUGCGCCGCCAUGGGUCGCGUUGACAGCGUGGACAAUGAGGACGAGUCGCAGGAGCUGGACAUGACCGUCGAGUCGGCCGCGCUCAACCGCAGCCUCACCAAGCUGGCCAACAGCACCAUCACUCUCGACGACAAAACGCACUUCACCAACGAGAUUUCUGUCUAAUGUUGUAAUGUUGCGUGCUCAUUCAUGCGGGAUGCACUGUUUAUAAUUUUUUAAUACUUCUAUGCAAAUAAUUAUGAGUGUUUUUUUCCAACAAUUAAAUACUAAAGUGUGCAAUGGAUAAAAAAUAAUAUCUUGUAAUAUAAGUCAUCACGAUUUUUUAUCAUCUUGAAAAAUUGUACGAUUCAAAUUUAAUUUUGUGUUGAUAUUUGAUAAAAAUUUGGAAUUUUUCCGUGAUCAAGACUUAGAUUCACGGACAAUUUUCUCAGAAGUGAGUAUUUGGUAAAAAUGUAUACUCAUUGCAAUAAUUUUUCUCCCGUAUAUCAGAAUUCUAGUCGUCAUUGAUCUCUUCAAUUUUUUCACGAUGACAUUUAUUUAUUUGAUGUGCAAUAGCAAUAUUAUUUCUGAGUUUGCCAAAGAUGUUUGAAAUAUUUUGCUCAAUUAUUUUCAGCCAAAGAAUUAGAAUUAGAUAAUCUUAAGCCGUCAACAGAAGGCGUCACCGUGCAAUUAUUAUUAUAUAUUUUCGGGUACUCUGCGAUAUCAGAUUAUAUAUCCUGCUGCUGUGCCACCUCGGUGUAAAAAGACGUUUUUAAGUGCUGAAAACCAAACUUGCAGUAGAAACCUUAAAACAGUUUUUCACAACAAAAAUCUUACAUAUUUUCUGCAAUUUGCGGAACUGAUUUUGGUUUCCACCACGAAAAAUUAAAUAUUUUUACGCUAAGAUAGCACAGUAGCAGGGUUGAAUCUGAAAUCAAAGUCGGAGUACCAACAAAAUUAAUAAAUUAAUCGUGGCACUAUCUGUUAAUGGCUUCAAACACCAAAAUGAACUUAAAAACUCUGAAAGCCCCCGUUUAUAAAAAAAUUUCGUGUUCUUCAUAUACAAAAAAUAUAUCUGAAACUUUGAUGGGCGUCAUUUUUUAAAGAAAUAUUCAAAGAUUAUUGUACAUUUUGGUUGAAUACAUUGUUUUUAUUUUUAUAAUAUUAAUUUAAGUUUUAUGUGGAGAUAAUUUUAUGCAUCGUGUUUCCGCCUCGUGAAAAUAUGUUCUGCAAAGUUUAUUUUCCUCUUUGUCUCGCUCUAAUUCGACGUCUUCAGCUGGAGGCUGCGAGCAAAGUGAGUUAUGCAUUUGGUUGUCGUGACGGCGAAACAUCAUCGCCAAAGUUAAUCCAACUGCGCACUCGAAACUCAUUUACGGAGCUGUGUGCCAGAAGUAACAGCUGUUGCUUUAAAGACCGAGUUGUUCACUCCUCAAGGGCGACGAGAAAUUUCAAAAACAUUCGCAUCGAUUUUGGCGGCUUGCCGAGCGAAAAUAUCAUGCUAACAGUGCAUCCUUUGUGAGGGAUUAGCCGAGUGAGAGAUUCACACAAAACUGAAUGUGAUAUCUAAAUGUAUAAAAUGUUGUUGCUCGAGCCACACUCCUUAGACAAUCUUCCACCUGACCGACCAGGGUAAUCACUUCAAUCGAAUUAAAUUAGAGACCAAUCAGUGUGCAAACAAAUUCCAAAUAAUUCAACGUUGGCUCAUUUUAAAUCUCGGAAGGUAAUCUAAGGUCUGUGAUAUUUUUUACCGUGUAAAUAGCCAGUUCGUGUGAGACGAUGUGUUAAUGUUUUCCGAAUUCUACGGUAUGUAUAUCUAUAGCUAUAAACUAAACUUUAUGUUACAACAUCGUUCUCUCUGUGCCGAAUUGGAGCAAAGUGUCUGGACAAUCCUCCGCAACCUCUGUUGUCCAGUUGGACCGAAUAUUCUGAGCCCAUUCGGUCCAAUUCGCACAACAACCCCGAAUUUAAACAUGCUCAUCGGAGACUAUUGUUGGACGUUCGCUCCGAACGCAAUAAAUAAAAAUAAUUAACCUCAGGUUGGAGACGAAAUGGACAAAUCUUAUGUGAUGUAGCUGGAACACACGCACAACUAUUGACCACCCAGCCUCUAAUUUCCUGGCAGCAAUUCAUCAAUCCACCGCGUGUACAAUUUCGCAUGUUUGCUGUGUCGUUGCAUGGAACCAGAGCAAAUACGUCAAAACAAGCACGCACAACAAGCCAGUGCAGCCAUUUCACCGUUGUAAUUUUUAUGCAGGGCACGCAUACCCUGUCAAAGCGGGAUUUUACAUAUUUUUUUCCUCUCUCUCUGUCUCUCUUUCUGGUCAAAGCAGUGAGUGUUUUGUGGUUGGAAAUUUAUCAAAAGCGUGUACUAGGUGUGAAAUUAUAAAUCGCUAAACAAUGUUAUUGCAAUGCGAGUGUUGACGAAAAUAAUUUUUACUUGUAACCGCUGAGAAAAUUCAUAAUCAAAUUUUGAUUUGAUAUCAAAAAACAUAAUCUUUCCUGCAUAAUUAUGAUGUCAAAUUAUCCGAAUUAUACUCAUUCCUUUCGUCUGUGCAAUAGAAUUCUCAAAACUGACGGAUGUUACAUGUUGAAUAAAAUAAAAGACAUGACUACUGAAACAAA